GCUGAAAUUGUACAGAAACCCUGAGUAGCAUCAGAAGCUUUUUUUUCUGUGAGCCUUAAGCUUAGGAAGUCUGAUAGAGCUGGGAUUGGAGUGAAAGAGAAACACUAGAAUGGAAGAUUCUCCAACACUUGGCAAGCGGAAAUCCCCUGAAGAUUCAGAGGCCGAACUCAAACAACCCUCUGAAGAAAACUCAAAACCAGAUUCAGUAUUGAAGCGAAGGAAUUUGGCUCGUACAUGCGUUCAUGAGGUUGCAGUUCCCACUGGCUACACUUCUACCAAAGAUGAAGCUGUGCAUGGGAUCCUUUCGAAUCCUAUCUACAAUGGUGCCAUGGCUAAAACUUAUCCCUUCAAUCUUGACCCAUUUCAGCAAAUAUCCGUAGCUUGUCUUGAGAGAAAUGAGUCUGUUUUGGUCUCGGCACAUACUUCUGCUGGUAAAACUGCUGUUGCUGAGUACGCCAUUGCAAUGGCUUUCAGAGAUAAGCAAAGGGUUAUAUAUACAUCACCUUUGAAAGCUUUGAGCAAUCAGAAGUAUAGAGAGUUGAGCCAGGAGUUCUCGGAUGUUGGGCUUAUGACGGGCGAUGUCACGCUAUCACCUAAUGCGAGUUGUUUGGUUAUGACGACAGAGAUUCUUAGAGGAAUGCUAUACAGGGGUUCUGAGGUGUUGAAGGAAGUUGCAUGGGUUAUCUUUGAUGAAAUCCAUUACAUGAAGGACCGGGAAAGAGGAGUUGUUUGGGAAGAAAGCAUUAUAUUUUUGCCCCCUGCAAUUAAAAUGGUUUUUCUUUCAGCAACAAUGUCAAAUGCUACUGAAUUUGCUGAAUGGAUUUGUUAUUUGCACAAACAGCCUUGUCACGUUGUGUACACGGAUUUUCGGCCUACUCCGCUGCAGCAUUAUGUGUUCCCUAUGGGUGGCUCAGGAUUGUACCUUGUUGUGGAUGAGAAUGAGCAGUUCAAGGAGGAUAAUUUUAUGAAGCUACAGGAUACUUUCACAAAACAGAAGAAUAAGGGUGAUGGUAAUAGGAGUGGAGCCAAAGCAAGUGGAAGGAUUGCGAAGGGUGGGAGUGCUUCUGGUGGUUCUGACAUAUACAAGAUUGUGAAGAUGAUUAUGGAACGGAAACUUCAACCUGUUAUCAUAUUUAGCUUCAGUAGAAGAGAGUGUGAACAACAUGCAAUGUCUAUGUCCAAACUUGAUUUUAAUACCAAAGAGGAGAAGGAAAUUGUGGAGCAGGUUUUUAGAAAUGCAAUACUUUGCUUGAACGAGGAGGACAGAAACUUACCUGCUAUUGAAUUAAUGUUGCCACUUCUCCAACGAGGUAUUGCAGUCCAUCAUUCGGGGCUUCUUCCAAUUAUCAAGGAAUUAGUGGAGCUUCUUUUCCAAGAAGGCCUUGUUAAGGCCCUUUUUGCUACAGAGACGUUUGCGAUGGGUUUAAACAUGCCUGCAAAAACUGUUGUGUUCACAGCGGUUAAAAAAUGGGAUGGUGAUAGUCAUCGCUAUAUUGGAUCUGGCGAGUAUAUCCAGAUGAGUGGAAGGGCUGGGCGUCGUGGCAAGGAUGACCGUGGUAUUUGUAUCAUAAUGAUUGAUGAGGAGAUGGAGAUGAAUACUCUCAAGGACAUGGUUUUGGGUAAACCAGCUCCUUUGGUCAGUACUUUUAGACUGAGCUACUAUUCAAUUUUGAACUUAAUGAGUCGUGCUGAGGGCCAAUUUACUGCUGAGCAUGUCAUCAGGAAUUCAUUUCACCAAUUUCAGUACGAGAAGACUUUACCUGAUAUUGGGAAAAGGGUUUCGAAGCUGGAAGAGGAAGCUGCUACGCUUGAUGCAUCGGGAGAGGCUGAAGUUGCUGAAUACCACAAGCUAAGACUUGAAGUAGCCCAACUCGAGAAGAAGAUGAUGUGUGAAAUAACCAGGCCUGAAAGAGUUCUGUAUUUUCUUCUUCCUGGUAGGCUGGUGAAGGUACGUGAUGGUACAACUGAUUGGGGUUGGGGGGUAGUAGUCAAUGUGGUGAAAAAGCCCCCAGCAGCAUUAGGAACUUUGCCUUCACGUGGUAGUAGUUAUAUAGUGGACACUUUGCUUCAUUGCUCUCCUGGUUCAAGUGAGAAUGGUUCUCGCCCCAAACCAUGCCCACCUCGUCCUGGAGAGAAGGGCGAAAUGCACGUGGUUCCUGUUCAGUUGCCCCUAAUUUCUGCUCUGAGCAAAAUAAGAUUAUCAAUCCCUUCUGACCUUCGACCAGUGGAAGCGAGGCAAAGCAUACUGCUGGCAGUACAGGAGUUGGGAACACGCUUCCCUCAAGGGCUUCCAAAACUUAAUCCAGUGAAGGAUAUGGGAAUUGAGGACCCUGAGUUUGUUGAGUUGGUCAAUAAAAUAGAGGAAUUGGAACAGCGGUUAUUUGCCCACCCAAUGCAUAAGUCUCAAGAUGAGCAACAGGUCAAGUGUUUCCAAAGGAAAGCAGAGGUGAAUCAUGAGAUUCAAACACUCAAAUCUAAGAUGCGGGACUCCCAGCUUCAAAAAUUCCGUGAUGAGCUCAAGAACCGUUCGCGGGUUUUGAAGAAGCUUGGCCAUAUUGAUGCUGAUGGUGUUGUUCAAUUAAAGGGGCGUGCUGCUUGCUUGAUAGACACAGGAGAUGAACUCCUUGUUACUGAACUGAUGUUCAAUGGUACGUUUAAUGAUCUUGAUCAUCACCAAGUUGCUGCUCUUGCUAGCUGCUUCAUUCCUGGGGAUAAAUCAAACGAACAAAUACAUUUGAGAACCGAACUUGCAAAACCAUUACAGCAACUCCAGGACAGUGCGAGAAGAAUAGCAGAAAUACAACGUGAAUGCAAAUUGGAGGUAAACGUUGAUGAGUAUGUGGAUUCAACAGUAAGACCAUUCUUGAUGGAUGUGAUCUACUGUUGGUCGAAGGAUGCCACUUUUGCAGAGAUUAUAGAAAUGACUGAUAUCUUUGAGGGUAGUAUCAUACGACUUGCUAGAAGGCUUGAUGAGUUUUUGAACCAGUUGUGUGCUGCUGCUCAUGCAGUGGGAGAGGUUGAUUUGGAGAACAAGUUUGCUGCUGCCAGUGCGAGCCUUCGGCGAGGUAUUAUGUUCUCGAAUUCACUAUAUUUGUGAUCUAUGAGACGUCUUUGCCUGAUUGUGAUCUAGUGAGACUACCAUUAAACAAGCACAUGGUUGGAGCCAGGGAUCAGUUGGAUGUGAUUUCAACUGACAUCAUGUGUUUCCUUGUUAUUGUUAGAUAUUUGAAAGUGUUUCUGUACCAAACUGUAUUUUUUUAGCGUUAGUGUGUACAUGGAAUUUUUUUUUUGUUGGUAGAAUUUGUACAUGGAAUUUGAGGAACAUGAAAAUGUAUACAUAGUUCAAAGUUUU